GGGACUCUUUUUGCGGUUGCAACUGGCACGCCAGUCAGAGUCGUGGAAGGACAUAUUUUGUUAUCAUCAUGUAUAGAUUUAUUUCGCAGAGCUUAUCUGUGGCUCAAAAGCCUUCCGUGAAUAUAAUUGGAUCGUGUAUGUUGCCAGCAAAUUGUGUCACGGCUAUUGCUUCGAUAUUAAGACGGUCCAGUGUGUGUAGUGCUAAAUGCCUCAGCACACAUUCAAACAGGUUUUGUGAGAAUAAAAACAAUGUUGCCAACUCCAAUAAUGAAGACUCCACAGGGACCCAAACAGUCUCUAAACAACAAACUGCAGAUUCCAGUGACAUUAAUAAAUUGGAUGAGCAAAAUGAUCGAGACAAUAUCAAGAAUACAGAUGUAAUUAAUGUGCAAGAUGAUGCUGCUGAGGGAAAAGAACUUGAUACGUCGAAAAGCGGGAAACAUAGUCUACUUGAUCUUCUGGGAGCCAUGAGGGUGGAUGUCACCAGCAAGAAGAGGCUAAAACCGUUGACAAUUAAGCCAAGUGUUUCCAUCCCGACCUCAAAGCCAAUGGAAAGCAAGUUUCAGGAGGCUUCUGUGGAUAUUUCAUCUCAAAGACAAACCCUGAAUCCGGAAUUGGUCGCAGCUGCCUCUGCUGCUGCUUCCACUCUUCCGAACCGCAACCAGGCCGAGUCUGAGCUGCUCAAGCAGCUGAGGCAGCACGAGGACCUCACUGAGACUCAAAAACAGGGAGAGGCCAACGACCUCGGAGUGAUUCUAGCUGACAUGAAAGUGUCAGUGGAACGUCAAGCCAACAAACUGAACGUUCGGUCGACCAAUCAGAUCCAGUUUGACGACGACGAGUACGCCUACAAGCAGGACAGAGGGGUCACUUCAGAGCUGAAUGUCGUUCGCAAAAAGAAAGGCUUGUUCACUGGAAAAAAGCUUAACAUCUUCUCCCUUCCUGCUGAUGAAGAUAAAGUUACUGAAACAGUUGCACGCCCAACGCUGUGGGACGUGGAUUUGGCUAAACAACUGUCUUCAUCGGCCAACCAAAUGCCCCGGAAUGCCUUUGAAACAAUGAUCAUUUGGACCAAAGAGGGCAAAUUGUGGCAGUACCCAAUUGACAAUGAAGCAUGCUUUGACGAGGACGCCAGAGUCCCCUUCCAUGAGCAUGUCUUUCUUGACAAGCACCUAGAGGAGGGCUUCCCCAAGCAAGGUCCAGUACGUCACUUCAUGGAGCUUGUGGUCAUCGGUUUGUCCAAAAACCCCUAUCUGACCGUUCAGCAGAAGAAGGAGCACAUCUCCUGGUUCAGAGACUACUUUAACCAAAAACAGGAUGUCCUCAAGGAAGCUGAGGUUUACCUUAAUUAAAUUUGUGCCACAUUUCCCCUUUAUGAUUAGCAAGGCUAAUUUUGUCUUUGUGCAGAAAGUCAAAUGAUGCUCUUGUACAAAAUAUAUAAUAAAUUGUAGGGGUGUAACAA